AUGAACGACGCCUUCCAGCAUUUUGAAACAUUAUUAACAGGCUUUUCAGUCGGGGAGCGGUGGUAUGAAUUUGAGUUCUUGAGAAUUCCUGAAGGACGUUUACUGCCAGGUCCAUCGAGAUUAGGGGGUGAAUGCGACAUAUUUGAUGAUGCUGCCUGGUGGGGUGUUCAGAAAUGCAGUUAUGGCGGAGGGGAAGCAGGGAGGUUUGUUUUUAAACUGGUUGAGGAUUUGGGAGUAGCGACUCAAGUGCAGUGA